GGAAGCGCCGUCGUGUUGCCAUGGAUUUCCCUGGUGCUUCAAUCAUUUUGGCCCAAAUUAAAGAGAAACCGAAAAAGAAGCGUGUAGGGCUGACUUCCACAGGACCUCCCAUCCGGCAGCAUGUGCCCAUUCUUAGCCCAGAGGGCAAGGCAAUUGGUGAAGUUACUAGUGGCUGCCCAUCACCAUGCCUGCAGAAGAAUAUUGCUAUGGGCUACGUGGACAGUGAAUUCAGCAAACUGAACACAGCCCUCACUGUAGAGGUGAGGAAGAAGAACUACCCAGCUCUUGUCACCAAAAUGCCUUUUACACCUACCCAUUACUACACCAUAAAGUAGGCUGCUGCCAGCAGAGAUUUUUUAAACAUUUUGUAUCACAUUGUAUUAAAAGACAAGAGAUAUUUGACUCUAUGGAGAGUCUGCUACUAAGGACAAAUUGAGCCUAGAGAAGACUGUAUCAGUCUAGGAUUGAUGACUGCAGUGUGAGGUGGAAUAUUUGAGAUCUGAUAAGCAGAAAAGUAACCUGGUUUUAUUCCUCUCAUCUGCUCAGUAGCUUCUCAGUUGCUGUCAUGAUUCUCUUGGCUCAGAUCAUGCACAUACAGUUGAAUCUAGGCUACAUUUUGGGGAUUGGUUAGGCACAUUGGAAUUUGGAAAGCAUAUUCUGGACAGACUUACAAAAUUGGAGAUGAUCAGCAACAAAAUUCUAAUUUAGCAGAAGGAAAACUGAAGAAGACACUUUCCACUUUUGAACUCUCGUCUUUAGGACCUUGCUCUUUGACUCAGAGCUGAUCAGCUAUCUUUUUCCUGGGUAGAUGGACACUAGACUGCUAUCCCUCUCUAUUUUUAUACUCUGAGAAUGCCGAUGAGCCCACUGGAAUUUUUUUUAAAAUAAAUGUCAGGUAGUUAGAUACCAAAGAUGUCAGUAGGCACAGGGAUACAAAAAAAUCACAGAACUACUUAUGAGCCAUUUUCUUUUAAGAAGAGGAUUGUUAAUUCUUCAACACAUGUUUUGUGAGAAUAGGCAGGAGCAAUGAUUCAAGCUUAGGCAAAUCCUCUUUUAUUUCUUUGCUCUUUUUUUUCCUGAGCUGGAGGCUUCAGAGAAUAUCUUGAAACACAGCUCAGGACACAUCUAUGAAAUUUUCUUGGAAAGAAUAAAAUAGUUCGCUGUUGUUAUCUUUG